AGGAUAUGGGAGGAGCCGGUUUGUUGACAGGAAGCGUGUGAAGCGGAGUCACUGCAGCUCCUGCUCCUUCUGCUCCUUCUGCUCCUGCUUCAGCCUGAUAAACGGAGGAUUUCUCUCUCUCGUUCAGCCGCUCGCCGGUGCGCGGACUAAAACAAUGCUCUGUAGGACCGAACCGGGGCAAAGAUGCAAUGGAGGUCAAUAGUGGUCGGUCUCGUGGUGCUGAGGCUCUCCCUCGGCUGGGUGCUGUGGCUCGCGUUCGGACUGGGACCCAACGUCAUCUGCGGGUUCAACUUCCAGCUCGGCUUCAAUCUGCGCAAACUGGAUGUGCUGUUCGGGGAGGAGAAGGGGAGCGAGCCGGGGGGCGGCUCGUGGUCCCAGCGGGUCCACGGCCCCAGAUAUGAGGAGUCGGCGACCACCUGUGCCAAGCCCGAGGAGGACUCGCCCAGGAGACCCUACCUGAGCUUCUUCGACGGCAACAAGGACGAGUACGUGCGGCGAUACAGCUCGUUCCCCGACGCCCUGAAAGCCGAGAUGAAGGACAUGGCCAGAGACAUGUUCUACUUCGGAUACGACAACUACAUGAAAUACGCUUUCCCCGAGGACGAGCUGAAUCCCAUCGCCUGUGAAGGGAGGGGACCCGACGUGCUGAACCCGUCAAACAUCAACAUAAACGAUGUCUUGGGGAACUACUCCCUGACGUUAAUUGACACCUUAGACACUCUGUUGGUGCUUGGCAACGUGACAGAGUUCCAGAGAGCCGUCAAGCUGGUUAUAGAAACUGUAUCUUUUGAUAAGGACUCGACGGUGCAAGUUUUUGAGGCAAACAUAAGGAUCUUGGGAAGUCUUAUCUCCUCUCACAUCCUGCUGACUGACCCAAAACAUCCGUUUGGCAAAGUGGGCUUGGAAGGUUACGAUAAUGAGCUGCUUCACCUGGCUCAUGACUUGGCUGUCCGCUUACUGCCGGCCUUUGAGAACACCAGCACAGGCAUUCCUUACCCCAGGGUGAACCUGAAGACUGGUGUCCCCGCUGACAGCAUCAAUGAGACUUGCACUGCAGGAGCUGGGUCCCUGCUGGUGGAGUUUGGAAUUCUGAGCCGCUUGAUCGGCGAUUCCACAUUUGAGUGGGUAGCCAGACGAGCAGUUAGAGCUCUGUGGAAGCUGAGGAGCAAUGAAACCGGUCUGUUAGGUAAUGUAGUUAAUAUCCAAACGGGCCAGUGGGUCGGGAAGCAGAGUGGCCUCGGAGCUGGUAUGGACUCAUUCUAUGAGUACCUGCUGAAAUCAUACAUCCUUUUUGGGGAGAAAGAGGACUACAGGAUGUUUCAAGCUUCUUAUGAGAGCAUACAGAACCACAUGAGGAGAGGGAGAGAGUCGUGUAAUGAAGGCGAGGGUGACCCGCCUCUCUACGUUAAUGUGAACAUGUUCAGUGGGGAAAUUAUGAACACCUGGAUUGACUCUCUUCAGGCCUUCUUUCCUGGGCUGCAGGUGCUGAAUGGUGAUAUAGAUAACGCCAUUUGCCUACAUGCCUUCUACUAUGCCAUCUGGAAGCGCUUCGGGGCGUUGCCGGAGAGAUACAACUGGCAGCUGCAGGCUCCUGACGUGCACUUCUACCCCUUGAGACCAGAGCUGGUGGAGUCGACCUAUCUGUUGUACCAGGCGACCAAAAAUCCUUUCUACUUGCAUGUUGGAAUGGAUAUUCUCCAGAGCCUUGAGAAAAAUGCCAAAGUCAGAUGUGGGUACGCCACUCUCCACCACGUCGUUGACAAAUCCAAAGAGGAUCGUAUGGAGAGCUUCUUCCUCAGUGAGACCUGCAAAUACCUUUACCUGCUCUUUGAUGAGGACAACCCACUUCAUCACUCCGAUAACAAGUACAUCUUCACCACAGAGGGCCACAUCGUGCCUAUAGACAAGCGCUUCAGGGAGAAGCAGUGGAAUGAUUUGUUUCCGUGCGAGGAGGGGGCACUGGCAGAAACAGAGCCCAACUCCCGGCCACCUUCCAGCAACUUCAGCAAUUGUAGCAGGAUCCCAGAGGAGCGACGGUACACUCUGCCACUGAAGAGUGUCUACAUGAGGCAGAUCGACCACAUGGUGGGACUUUUCUAAAAGGACGCAUUUGGUGACAGUGGCAUGAAGCGGCCUUCAGUAAGCCUGAAGUGCAGAGGCAGUGAGGUUAGAAAAGAUCGAGUGGUGGUCAAACUCCUCGGCCCAUCUGUUCUGCUGCUCAGGAUCCAGACAAGAAACUGACUCUAAGGGAAACCAGUUUAAUUAAUUGCCGUAUUAUUAAAAGUUUGUGUCGGGGUGCUUUGGAUUCUGGGUGUGAAAGCAUGUACUCAACAAAGACAGAGAAAGAGGAGUCAUGCUUCACUGUGUUUUGGCAGGUGAUGAAUGGAGAUUGUGUGUCUGUGGAGCAAAAAAUAUCUGUUCAGGUAUGAGUGUGUGUGUGCGUUAGAGAGAGAGAGAGAGAAAGAGAAAUGACAGCUAAGCUGUGAAUAAUAAUGAUGUGUUUAUGGGAACAGUGCCAUCUAGCCACACAUAUGUAAAAUGUAUAGCCUAUAAAAACUCACCUCUAAAACAUUUUUUCUAAACAUUAUGAUUAGUGCCUCUUUGCAGUUGACUCACUUGAGUAGAUCUGUGCUUUUAAAUAAGGGCUGCACACUAACAUAUAAUGACAGGUGAUAACUCAUGCACACACUGUAAAAGCCUGCCUCUUGUGAGGCUGUAGUAUACUUUAGAUUGUGCCUGUAGGAAACUUGUUUGGACUUUUGUAGGCUUGAGGUCAAUUUUCCAAAAUGUUGAAACAGCUCUAGUCUCUCUGACUUACUACAGAAUUAGUGUGUUCUUCUUCUAGAACAAUAUUUUAACAAUUUUAAAGCAACACCAUGUAACCUUUUACUGAGCAACAGCGCCCUCUGCAGACACGUGGUGAUUUUUUUUUUGUCGGGCUUUGUGUACAAACGAUUAAGUGGACUUAAUGUAGAGAAACAAAGCUCAUCAAUCUGUUGACCACAGGUCUGACUAGUGCCACUCACUGAACUGAAACACAACUGAACAGUGGAUGUUACCCAGGAUCCCUGGCUUCAUGAAGCAGAGGAGCUGCUUCAAGUUUUUAGUUUUUAAUGACGUCUUUUUAACUGAUCAACACUUCAGCAUUAUUCUUGCUAGGCCUGAUUCUGGCAAUUUAAACUGUGAACAUCAGUCAGUUAUGUUCGUCUUUCAGAGCGAACCAGCUCACCAAAGUUUCACAGAGCAAGAACAGAUAUUCGGGGUGAGCAGUGGGAAUGGAAGCUGCACCAUUCUCUUCAUGUCCGUGAACAACAUAAACUAAUUUUGAAGCUGCUAUUUUAGGUUUAAAAAGUUGCAUAUUGUUGCUUUAAAAAAAGCCCCUGUCUUGCUUUUGUUAUGCAAAUGUAUCACGUAAAACUUAACAAAGACUAACAGACAACAUGAACUGCUUCCUGCCUGCCACACUAAUGAAGACUGAAGUGUU